AUGAAGAUCAUCGAAAAGAUCAACGCGAGCGUGGAGCGCCAGGAGGUGUUCUACUCGUUCGAGUUCUUCCCGCCCAAGACGCCCGCGGGCGUGGACAACCUGUACGCGCGCAUGGACCGCAUGGCCGCGCUGGAGCCGCUCUUCUGCGAUAUGACGUGGGGCGCCGGCGGCUCGAGCGCGCAGCUGACACUGGAGCUGAGCGCCAACGCGCAGAAGCUCAGCGGCCUGGAGAUGCUCAUGCACAUGACGUGCACCAACAUGGCCGAGGCCGACAUCAAGAAGGCGCUGGACCAGGCCAAGGACGCCGGCAUCCACAACAUCCUGGCGCUGCGCGGAGACCCCGUGCGCGGCGCCACGAGCUUCGACGAGUGCGACCGCGGCUUCUCGCACGCCGUGGACCUCGUGCGCUACAUGCGCGAGCACUACGGCGACCACUUCUGCAUCGGCGUGGCCGGCUACCCCGAAGGCCACAUGGAGAGCAGCGACAAGAAGGCGGACAUCCAGUACCUCAAGGAGAAGGUGGACGCCGGCGCCGACUUCAUCAUCACGCAGCUCUUCUACGACGUGCAGGUGUUCGUGGACUUCGUCAAGGAGUGCCGCGCCGUGGGCAUCACGGUGCCGAUUAUCCCCGGUAUCAUGCCCAUCCAGAACUACGGCGGCUUCGAGCGCAUGACGUCGUUCUGCAACACAUUCGUGCCCGAGGAGGUGCGCAAGGCGCUGGAGCCCAUCAAGGACAAUGACGAGGCCGUCAAGGACUACGGCGUGCAGCUCGGCAUCACCAUGAGCCAGCAGCUGAUCGACGCGGGCGUGCCCGGCCUGCACUUCUACACGCUCAACCUGGAGCGCUCGGUGCGUCGCAUCCUGGAGGGACUGUUGUCGCUGUCUAGUCGUGUCCCACGUCGUGAGCUGCCCUGGCAGACGUCUACGCUGUCCAAGCGCGCGGCCGAGACUGUGCGCCCGAUCUACUGGUCCAACCGCCCCAAGAGCUACGUGCACCGCACGGCCAUGUGGGACGAGUACCCGAACGGCCGCUGGGGCAACAGCGAGAGCCCCGCGUUCGGAGAGCUCACGGAGUCGCACUUUGCGCCCUCCAGCACAUCGACGCCCAACGAGCGGCGCGCCAUGUGGGGCGAGGCCCCCGCCACCAAGGAGGACAUUCGUCGCACGUUCGUGCAGUACGUGCGCGGCGAAAUCUCGAGCCUGCCGUGGUGUGACGCCGCGUUGCACGCCGAGACGUCGACCGUCCAGCAGGAGCUCGCUGCUGCCAACUCCGCUGGAUUCUUGACGAUCAACAGCCAGCCACGCGUGAACGGCGCGCUGUCCGACGACCCCAUGUUCGGCUGGGGUGGCCCCGGUGGCCGCGUGUACCAGAAGGCCUACGUGGAGUGCUUCGUGUCGCCCGAGAACAUGAAGAUCAUCAUCGAGAACGCCGCCAAGAAGCCGUCGGUGCAGUACCACGCCGUGAACCUGAACGGCCACUCGUACUCGAACGCCAGCAAGUCGGCCAUUGCCGUGACGUGGGGCGUGUUCCCCAACAAGGAGAUCCUGCAGCCCACGAUCGUGGACAGCAGCAGCUUCCUGGUGUGGAAGGACGAGGCGUUCGCGCUGUGGCUCAAGCUCUGGGCGUCGCUGUACGAGGACGGCAGCCAGUCGGCCAAGCUGCUGCGCGAGGUCCACGACACGUACUUCCUGGUGAGCAUCGUGGACAACGACUUCGUGAACGGCAACAUCUGGGACCUGUUCGAGGCCUCGGUCUCCCCGGCCACCUCGCCGUAAGCAUGGCAGAGCAAGGAAGGACAGAAGUCGAUGAAGGAGAAGAGGAAGAGGAGGAAGAGGAAGAAGAGCUUGUGGCUCCGGAGGCUGCGUGCUUGUGGCAAUUUUACACUACGCCCGAUCCCGUCCUCCCCGACGCAGAGGCUGGUUGAUACAGAAGACCGCCUGGUGCCUCAGGGACGAUGGGAGAGCACGCAGUUCGAGCUACAUUUUGCAUGUCGUGCAAGUUGCACUGGCCUAGAACUUACCAAUAUCAACCACUGCAUAUUUGCUACCAUC